GGGGAUGCGGACGGGGGAAGAUGGCGGCGUCGAACAACCCGCGGAAAUUCAGCGAGAAGAUCGCCCUGCACAACCAGAAGCAGGCCGAGGAGACGGCGGCCUUCGAGGAGGUCAUGAAGGACCUGAGCCUCACCCGCGCCCACCGGUUACAGCUGCAGAAAACCCAAUAUUUGCAACUGGGACAGAGUCGUGGCCAGUACUACGGUGGGUCACUGCCAAAUGUGAAUCAGAUUGGAAACAGUGCCAUGGAUCUUCCCUUCCAGACUCCCUUUCAGUCAUCUGGGUUGGACACAAGCAGGACAACUCGGCAUCACGGGCUGGUGGACAGAGUGUACCGGGACAGGAAUCGCCUCGGAUCCCCACACCGACGCCCUCUCUCUGUGGAUAAGCAUGGAAGACAAGUAGACAGCUGUCCGUAUGGCACUGUGUACCUGUCACCUCCAUCGGAUACAAGCUGGAGAAGGACAAAUUCUGAUUCUGCCUUGCACCAGAGUACUAUGACUCCAGCUCAACAAGAAUCCUUUUCAGGAGGGUCACAGGACAUGCAGCAGAAAAGAGUUUUAUUGCUGACUGUCCCUGGAAUGGAGGAAACCACCUCUGAGGCAGACAAAACCCUCUCUAAGCAAGGAUGGGACACUAAAAAGACUGGGUCAUCAAGACCUAAAUCAUGUGAAGUUCCAGGAAUCAACAUCUUUCCAUCAGCUGACCAGGAAAACACUACAACGCUGAUUCCUGCUACGCAUAACACGGGUGGCUCCCUUCCAGACCUGACAAACAUCCAUUUCCCUUCCCCUCUCCCAACACCGUUAGAUCCUGAGGAAUCCACAUUCCCAGCCCUGAGUAGCUCCAAUAGUACCGGAAAUCUUGCUGCCAAUCUGACUCACUUGGGCAUCAGCACUGCCAGUCAGGGAAUGACGACGACGCCAGCCCCUUCCCAGCAGCACCGUCAGCCCACCGUCAGCCCUCUCUCGUUGAGCGCAGACUCGAGGCGACCACAGUCACAGCAAAUGUCUCCUACGCUUUCCCCUUUGUCACCAAUUACUCAGGCCGUGGCUAUGGAUGCGUUGUCUCUGGAACAGCAGCUUCCCCCAUAUCCAUUUUUUACCCAGACAACUUCCCAGCAACAGCAGCAGACCCAGGUGGCAAGUACUCUGCCUCAGAAUACUCCUUUAAUGCAGACCUCUGGUUUACAGCGAGGAACGCAACUCCCCCCACUCUCCGUCACGGUACCUUCUACCAUCCCACAGUCACCUCCGGGUAGCCAGACCCAACCAUCAAUGGGAAUAGACAUCAACUCGGCUUCACUCCAGCAGUACCGCAGUAAUGCUGGCUCCCCAGCCAACCAGUCUCCCACCUCUCCUGUCUCCAAUCAAGGCUUCUCUCCUGGCAGCUCCCCUCAACAUUCUUCCAUUCUGGGGAGUGUAUUUGGUGACUCCUAUUAUGAUCAGCAGAUGACAGCUAGGCAGGCUAAUGCCCUAUCCCAUCAGCUCGAACAGUUUAAUAUGAUAGAAAACGCCAUUAGUUCCAACAGCCUGUACAGCCCUUGUUCCACCCUUAACUACUCCCAGGCAGCCAUGAUGGGACUUACCGGCAGUCAUGGCAGCUUGCAGGACUCGCAGCAGCUGAAUUACUCCAGCCAUGGAAACAUCCCCAACAUCAUUCUUACAGUGACAGGAGAAUCUCCUCCCAGCUUAUCAAAAGAACUGACCAGCUCUUUGGCAGGAGUGGGCGAUGUCAGCUUUGACACGGAUUCCCAGUUCCCUCUGGAUGAACUCAAAAUUGACCCUUUAACCUUGGAUGGACUGCACAUGCUGAAUGACCCAGACAUGGUCCUCACCGACCCCGCCACAGAGGACACGUUCAGGAUGGACCGGCUGUGAAGCGUGGACACCAGGAGCUUGGGAACGGCGCUUGUUCCUGGCGCCCAGCCGAACUAGAGAGUCCCAUGGGUCAGUCGUGUCAGAACAGGGGUUACCGAGAGCGGUAGCUCUGUCCUGUACAACGUGUACAAUGAGUAAAGCUUGUCGUUCUAAGCUUGCAGCGCUGCAGACCCCUACUCCCUGUCGCGCCGUAUUUCACCCCUUACCCACUCGUUGCCAUUAAUGAGUAAGGAGUUUCCAUCAGCCUUCUCCUCUCCAGAGCCCCCCCCCUUCCCCCCACCAAAGCUCCAGCGGUCAGUUGUCAAUUUAUCCUUUGCACUAGGAGGGGGUGUUUUUCGGGCAGGCGAGGAAGGUCCAGAGCCGAGGGUAAAGAGAUUCUUUCUAACGUACCAAAUCGUUGGCUGCUGCUUGGGACGGGGAAAGGUGCCGAGGACUGUCCCCCCCCUCUCCCCCCACCGAUUCGAAAGCAAAUCUCUGCAUUGCCACCCUCCGGGAGGGGCUGGGGGAGCUUCUGCGGUUUUGACUCUGCUUCGUGACAGCUGCUUUGUAGAGUAAAAUGCUUCUUCCUUUAUCGAUAUGCCAUGUUUGUUUCCAGGUCCGUUCCCCUGACUGUCGUCCUGCACCCACUGCCUCUUCUCAUGCCCUGAGCAAACUCGUGUACUUGGCAAGCGGAAAAGCAGCCGGGCAGCCCCACGGCCUUUUGUAGCUGGCUAGUCAAAAAGGCGACUGUAAACACUAUUUUCAAAGCUUUUUUAACAAAUAUAUAUGUAAUAUAUAUAUAUAUAUUUAUAUAUAUGUAUACAUAUAUAUAGCAUUUCUGAGCACACAAAAAAGUACUAUAAUUCAUUACUUGAUUAGCACGGAGGAAGGAUCAGAACAUUUUAAAGCAGCUAAAAGAAUAUAGGAGACUAACUUGCAGAGUAUAUUUCUAACUUUACUUUGUGAGAGAUUCCUGGGCAACAGGAAGGGCAUUUCUAUAGCAAUGCCUGGCUCAAACCAUGAUGACUAUUUUUUAUUUUUUAUUCUUAUUCAUUACUUAUUCUGUUACCAUUAUUUAUGAUUUUUUUUAUUUAAGUUUUUGGAUAUUAGCAAAGUAGCUAAACUACAUACAGCCAGUUGAAGCACUCUACAUAAUACUUGUACAGUACAUCUUUUUGUGUUUUUAUUCCAGAAAUAUAUUAUAUAUAUUAUAUAUAUAGGUAUUUUUAACUAACUGGAAUUUUAAACAGAUGUUGAGCAGAGGUAAGGAAGCCUAGGGCAAGUCUAGAUGUUUCCCUCUUAUAUAGUCGAGAUAGGGUGCCAGGAACUUCAAUAUUCCUUCUUUCACCCUGGGGAAAAAAUAGCUUGUUCCACAGUGAAAUAGUACUGUAUCCUUGAACAGGUUGCAAUUCUGUUAAAUUCAUAAUAGACUAUUUCUGUUAGUCCUUGUUAAUAUUCUGUGCUGCAGUAAAACGGAAUGGUGAAUGACACUUUAUCAAUGGCAGAUUUAAAGAAAAAAAAAAAAGAAAAAACUCAUUGACUGAGUUGAUUUCACUUAAAUAUCACGGCUGAACUUAUGACUAUUCCCAAAUCUCUGCACCUGGGACUUUAUCAGAUCUUAAAAAUAUGUUUAAGGAUUUAUCAAGAGCCCAGUAGGCGUAGAGUAGUUACCAGGGGCACUGUUAAAAUGUUGGCAGCAUUGCACUGUAACCUGCAUGGUAACAGACCCCGUAAGUACACGUCCCUUCUCAGUAGAAGUUAGGAAUUAACAUUAUUUUGAGUUUCAUUAACAAAACAAAAAUGACUUUGUACAUAACACCCCGAAUGUGAGGUUAAUGAAUACCAGCUAGAGGAAAGCAUUUCCAUGCAGUAGGGGGUGGACAUCCGCAGCUAUUUUUGUUAAAUACAGCCUCGAUAAAAGAGCUGGGGAUUGUUUUCAUUUCAAGACGAGUUGUUUCCCCAUGCCCGUCCCUGGCAUGGGCGUUCCAUAUCUGCUCUCUUUCGACUCAGUCUGCAUCACCUGAAUUUGUAUUUUGUCUAAAAUCGUCUCAGUUCUCUCUCAGCUGUCAUUUUUCUAAGCAAAAAAAUCCCCUCAGCACUUCUACCUGACCUCCCUGCCCCGUUCCCCUCGAGAAGGAUUUUCUUGCUGUUUUCAGCAAGCGAUACGGAGGAGCUGGACUGCUCUUAAUGAGUUAUACUAGGUUUCUGUGUGCUUCCAGAAAUCUGUGGGACGCCGUCCUGAGAUUCAUGCAAACACUGCUGAGCAGAAUCGUUGUUGGGAUCUCUAUAAUUUGGGUGCGUGUUUGCUCACAUCUGUGCCAUUAGUUGACCAUUUGCACUAAAAGUAUUUUUCUUCAGAUCUCUUUGCUUACCUGUGUCUUUUUCUUUUGUUCCUUCCCAUGCAACUGAAAGGUUAUCCUGCAUCUUUGUUGAAAAUGUUUGUUAGGAUUUACACCCGGUAGUACAUGCUAACUCCUGAUGUCUGCUUAUUUCAGAUUGCUAAUGCUUUUUCAAUUUAAGAAAAAAAAAAAAGAGGUAGCUUCGAACAGAAGGAUACCCUAAAAGAACAAGAGUAUUUGGGGCACAGGUGACUCGGAGUCCUUUGCUUUGAAACAGCCGAAAGGUACAGUGUGAGUCGGAUACGCUUCUUGCAGUUCACAUAGUCUCUUUGACAGUACUGUUAGUUCCUCGAUGGGAUUUCUGUCUGUAUUGCUCUCUUGUUCGAAUGACUCUCAUGCAUGUAAAUUCUUGUUUGUGAUCUAUUUUUUUAAAACCAGAGUCACUUCAGAAUGAAGCAUCCAAGUAGGAGAUCAGAUUCCUAACUGGAGACUUUUACAGGGAGCUGUUGCUAAAUGCUACCUUCUAAUUUUUUUUAAAACUACAUGUGUAUAUAAGAGAUCUUGUUUAUUAGACUUGUAAGUAGACAUUUAAAAUGGCCUUAAUUUAAAAAUAACACGUCUGGAUGCAACUGUCAAAAUUAGGGACCAUCUAGUUGAGAGAAAUACAGGUUUUGUUCCUUUCUUGUGGGGCAAACGGAGAAGGGUGCUUUGAGAGUGGGAAGAAGAUGAAGUCAUCGUGGGAAGCAGAUGACGGCCGUGUAUGAAAAUGUGCUUCAUCUCUUAAGCCCCGGUAGCGGGCAGGCAAGCUGCUUUUAUUACUGACCCUUUGAGAACCGGAGCAGUUCUUUCAACAGCUCUUGCAUUUUGCUUCCCAGAAGGCCAGUUUCUUGACAGCGUCGUGUACGAGCUGCGCUUGGGAGGGGUUUUUCUCCCCCUCUCCCCUUAAAGGUUAUAUUUUUAAGUGCAUAUGCAUAAGGCUGGUUUUAAAGCAAAAACGAUAUUAAUUUGUCAAAUGUAAACGUGGAGCCGAUCCCCAGUGUUUUGGGAACAAGUGAUAAUAUUUAAAAACCUAUUAGCACAGUUUUCAUUUUAAAUUGUGUGUAAAAGAGUGAGAGCUGUUGGGAGUGGUUGGCCCUCACAGUCCAGGGAUGGAUGAGAGCAGAAAAAAAAAAACACUUGGCAAAAAAAAAAGAAAAAAGUAUUAUUUGUAACUUUUUCAGUUAAAUCUUGAAACUGUCUGGUGUCUCAAAGGGUUACUGUCCAAACAUACCUGCUGAAUGAACCCUCCCCCUCCCUACAACAUGUGUUUUUUUAUAUAUAUAAAUAUAUAUAUAUAUUAAAAAGUUCCCAAGCUAGACUGUUGCAUUUGCCAAUACAAUGGGGAAUUAAUAGGAAUAAACUUUCAGUGUAUAAAAUACUGUGACUUUCAAAAGAAAAAACAGACUUCUGCUGUUCCUUGCAGUGCAGGUGGGGGGGGGGGGGGGGAGGCUCUCGUCGUUGUACAUAGCAGUCUGCAUUCUCUUUCCAAUGAAUCUGCACAGGCCGAGUUGAGGUCAUUCUCUCUGCUGCAUGUGUGACCGACCGCAGGCAGCACCCAACCUGUCAGCUCACUACUGCUUCUGCAUGUCAGUGAACACUUCGCCAGCGAUCUUUGACUGUGCAAAAUCUUUCCUGUACAGAGAACCUUUGAGUUUUUCCUUUUUUUUUUUUUCUUCUUUUAAAGAGGGGAAAAGGUUUCCAGAAAGAGGCUGCAAAUUAAUCGAAGAAAUUAUUAAUGAUUUGUACAUUUUAUUACCUUUUUGAAAAUUAGAUUGGAUUGAGUUUCUAAAAGAGCGUGCCUGAGAAACCCUGGUGCAAAGCCAUGCAACAGAAAUGCUUGAAACUUUCAGCUAAGAGGAAGAGCUGCCCUCUGAGUGUUUGUAAAAAGCAGCGUCCGAUAACGUAGAAUUGUUCAAAUAUCCUUCAAAAAUUAGGUCUUGGCAGCGUCCAUUUCUAAAACCUCAGAUUUCUGUAGAAAAAAAUACUUAAGGCUGGAGAUCUGCCCCUUACUGAGCAUGGUACUCGCCUUGGAAACCCCCUCUGUCCCAUAAGGAAGAGGAAAGCCCCCUCAUCAUACCCUAGGUUAAAUUGUAUGCUGUGCUUUCAGGAGAAAAGCGUUUAUUCCUCUGACAAACGGAACCCCCGUCACUGUGAUGGCAAUGUGAAAGCGCAGGUAGCGUUUGUUACAUGUGUAUGUUCUUUUUAAAAAACAAAAAAGCGGAAAAAAAAUUUGUAGUGUUCCUGUUCUUUGUAUUUUUAGUUGCAUAUUAUUUAUACUGCGCAGUGUAGGCAUGGAUUGCAUGUCAGUUUUCUAUGCGGGCACCAUGAUGACAUUAUAACUGUGUAUUAUAAAUCAUU